AUGGCCUCCUCCCGUGUCUUCGCCUCUCGCCUGGCUUCCACCAUGGCUGCUACCACCAAGGUGGCUCGCCCCGCUGCUCGCGUUCAGCUCAACGCUGUCGCCCCCAAGCGCACCUUCACCACCCAGAAGAAGAUCAACAUGACCCCCUUCCAGACCGUCAAGCGUCAGUCUCCUUCCGGCCUCAUCCAGGCCAACGCCCGCCAGGCUUUCGCCGCCCAGGGCCGCCGUCAGUACUCCUCUGAGAUCGCCGACGCCAUGGUCCAGGUCUCCCAGAACUUGGGUAUGGGUUCCGCUGCCAUCGGUCUCGGUGGUGCCGGUAUCGGUAUCGGUCUCGUCUUCGGCUCCCUCCUUCUGGCCGUCUCCCGCAACCCUGCCCUCCGUGGUCAGCUCUUCUCCUACGCCAUUCUUGGUUUCGCCUUCGUUGAGGCCAUUGGUCUGUUCGACCUGAUGGUUGCCAUGAUGUGCAAGUACGUCUAA